UAGUGUCAAAUAAAAUAUUAAUAAUUAAAAAUUAAAUAAAUAUUAAGAUGGUUUUUCAUUGUUGUGUGAAAGGUUGUGUAAAAACACAGAAGGAUAUUGGUUUACAUGUGAUUCCUAAGAAUUUUGAGAAGUUUAAAAAUUGGACAAUAGCGAUUGGUCGAACGGACAUCGAAUACUCGAAACGUGAAAACUAUCGUGUCUGCGAUUUACAUUUCGCCGACGAAAUGAAACUCCAGGCUUCAACAGGAAAAUUGGGAACUAACUUAAAGCCUAAUGCUUUUCCUAGCCUCCACUUAAGUAGUUCACAAUUUUUACAUGCAGAGGCCUCGAACAUAAAUUUGAUCAAAACUGCAUCAAAACGGCCUGGAUCGCCUAUUGCUUCUACGAGUCUAAAGAUUAUGGCCAUAAAUAUCGAAGAAGAACAAAUUCGACCUGCUUUUCAAAUAGAUUUGAAAAAAAAAUGCAUUUACUAAAAGAAGGAAAUGUGAGAAGGGUGAAAGAACUAUCGAAAACAGCAAGAAAAUAUUACCAUAUUGCGAAAGAUAUGUUAAAACUUGCUCGAAAGUUGAAAGAUAAAAAUGAAACAUAUCUUAAAAGAUUGGAAAAUGCAAACACGGAUGCAAACAUUUAUUAGUUUUAAUUUUAGUUGUAAGAAAC